ACCACUCCCACACCACUAGAGGAAGAGAUAUUUCCACAGGCCCUUUCAAGUCAGCAGCCUUCCCUUCCCUUCUCAGAGCCAUUCCUUGACUUGGAGUUGGAUGUCAAGCUAGCGGGACAGCCUAAAAUACAACAGGGCUCUCCAUGGAUCUGUCUUACUACCAUGGCCCUCUGACCAAGCAGGACUGUGAAACCUUGUUGCUCCAGGAAGGGGUGGAUGGCAACUUCUUGUUGAGAGACAGCGAGUCUAUACCAGGAGCCCUGUGCCUCUGUGUCUCGUUUAAAAACUUUGUCUACACAUACAGAAUCUUCAGAGAGAAACAUGGGUAUUACAAGAUAAAGACUGCAGAAGGGACUCCAAAACAGGUCUUUCCAAGCCUAAAGGAAUUGAUCUCAAAAUUUGAAAAACCGAAUCAAGGUCUGGUGGUUCAGCUUUUAAAACCAAUCCGGAGAAGAAGCUUCAACAAGAAAAGAUCAAAACCAGAGUUGGAUGCUAUUUAUGAAAACAGUGGCCAUGACUAUGUGCAUGUCUUGCCUUGAAGAUAUGGAGCCUGGACAAAGCAAGUUCAAGAAGAAAUGAGGUGGCAGCUCUCAUCUGGUGAUUCUCUCUCCUGCAGGUGUUAAGUCCAGAAUGCCAAGCUCCAGUGGACAAUUCAGACUUUCCUGGCCUGGGUAACUGAAGAUCUUCUAUCUGCCAGCCCCAGAGAAGUCACUCCCCACAUCCCUGCUUCCCAUGUGUAUUCUAAAAGCAGUUUCCAGCCAGCCCCCGCCACCCCAUUCACCUCUCUUCCUUGUUGGAAUCAGACAACCUGGACCUACUCUCCUUGCCUUGUUAAAGGUCCUACCACUGCUUUGUCACGAUUGUUACUCUCCUUCUGACAAGCUGAUCAGAGAGGGGUGCACACUUGCCAUUGUGAUCAGAGCCAUGAGUUCAAGCCCUGUGGCUGCCUUACUUUGGAAAAACUUCACCCCUUCUCUAGGUCUUAGUUUCUUCAUCUGUAAUGCAAAUGGUUGGGUGGGAUGAUGCACGCUGCCCCAAACCCCCUGUUGGACCUGGUUGUAUUGUGUGAAUUUGGGGAAGUUGGGAGUGAUGGAAAUUUAUACAGCAUCAAUGGGAUCAGGAUCUCAGCCGUCACCUUCUGUGUAGCUGUCUGUGUUGGUCUUGGUCAUGGUGAGGGCCUUGAUCCACAACACACACCCAUCUCCAGCCAGGUAUAUUUUCUCUCUAGCUCUGCUCCUUUCUAAUCUUGAUCUUCUUGCCAUCAACCUGGACACACUUUCUUCCUGUUUCUAUUCAAGCACCAACCACUUCAGCAGUAGUUGUACAGCAUUGUAGUGUAGUUCUGUACAAUGAUACAUACUCCCCCAUUUGUGAUUUCUCUUCCCUUCGAGGUUCUCAGUGUCAUCAAAGCAUGAUUGGAUCUCCCCUGAGCCUUCCACAGCAUGUAGAAAUAUGUGUUGCAUACAGACGUGUCUCGUUCCUAGAGACUAUCGAUUGGAAGCACAUCUCUGAAAAGUUUGUUGCAUUGGUAAAGCCCCUUCAAUUUUUCUACUAGUUCAAAAUGGUAAUCAAGACCACCUUCAUUCUGAAUGUACCAAGUUCUAUGCCGUUUCUCUUGCCAUCUUCAAAACUUAACGGUUCACUUCACUCCACUGGUUUUCCAAGUUUAUUGAAGAGAGGAACUCUAAAUUUCCAGAUAACGUGGACAGGAACUGUGGCUGGGGCCCCAAAGUAUGAAUAAUUUAGAAUUCCUGGGUCACAGCAAUCCAUGGUUACUACAAAGACAAGGAGUGAAAUGCCAUAUUCAGAGAGCUGUGGAAGCCAAAUCCUUCUGGUCAAUUCAGUAAAGGAUGCUGGAAGCAAGCCUGCUCCCUGGGAUUCAGUUCUGUAUCUUGAAUUCUAUAUACUAAGAAAUAUAUUCCAGUUUCUAGAGCCUAGAGCAAUCUUUGGCACAUAAAAUAUAUUCAAUGAGUAUUUCUUGAGUAAGUCAGUAUAUAAAAUGUGGCCUUUCUGGAUAGCAGAGGUUUGUUUAAACUUUAUUUACUUCCAAAUCCAGUGGCUCAAGACUAUUAGUUCAGGAUCCAGUGAUAACUCUCCUAGAAGUAUUUUUUUUUCUUUUCUUCUUGCGCACCUGUGCAAAGUACCUUAUACAAUGCAUGGCCUCCAGGAGCUUCCAGUACCUUUCUCAAAUGAACAAGGCACAUUAGAUAGCUAACGUUGACAUUAUGCUAUAAUGCCAAUAAUCCUUGACAUUUUUUAGAAGACCUUGGACAGCUUACAUGAGGAACCACUGAAAACUCAGGUUAUAUGGGACUGGGAAAGGAAAAACAAAUUAUUCAAAGCAAUGCCAAGUGUUUGAAGCGCUGUUCUAUGAAAGUGGAUGUAGACUCAUUGGCUACAAGGACAGGCAGCAGAAUUCAGACCAAUGGAUGAGUGUUUCUAGCAGGGCAGUUUUAGCCAAAUGUAAUAAUGAAGACUGAAUCCACCAGAGCUAUUCUGCAUCCUAACAGUCUGCUCUGUAUUCUGGUUCCAGUGAGGAGGUGAUAUUUUCCAAGGAUAUGGGAAAGAUAAUCUCUGUCUUUACAAGAAGUUAGACUGCCUUACUGCUAAGGCAUCUUCCAACUCAAGGAGUCUCAGGUUCUAGUCCCUUAACAACCAGACUGGGAUAUCCCCCCUUCCUUUCUGGAUUGAUGUGUGGAAAAUUGAUAAUUCUUACUCACCACAACCAUCAGUCCAUACGUGAACUCUAUUUUGUUUCAUUUUUCUUCCCUUCAUCCCUAACUUUCAAUGUUCACCCAUAGAAACCAGCUAUAUACAUCUAUAUUUGAUGUACGUUGUUGUAUAUGUAUGUGCCCUUAUAGAAUAUACAGUAUUGUUUUUGAAUUUGUAUCUUUGGCAUUUAUGUACAUAGUAUGGUACUAUUGCUCCAAUUCUGUUACUACUUUUUUCAAACAAUACUGUUUGAUUCUGUGAUCAGAGCCAUGAGUGUACAUCUAAUUCAGUGCCUCUAACUGAUGCAUGGAAUUCCAUUGUGUGUAUCCACCAUAUUUUGCUCAUCUGUUACUCUAGAUAUAGAUACUGAGAUUGGUUCCAAUUCCCCGCUACCAUAAACAACACUGUGAUGAACAUCUUCCCAUGGACCUCCUUACAGAAACAUGAGAGCUUCUCUGGACUCUAUGGAUGGGUCAUAAUGUAUGCUCAUAUUGAACUGUGAUGUAAUCAAACAUAUCAAGUAUCCUUGCUUUAUGUUUUGCAUGUGUGUGUGUGUGAUUCUUGUUUAAGAACUCCUUCUCUGCCCUGAGAGCAUAAGAAAGUUACUCUUCACUUUCUUUACUGACUUUAUACUACUACCAUCUGCAGUUAGGGUUUUAAUGAGAGCAAAGGUUUUAUUCUUUUUCGCUGAAUAUCUCCAGUACCUAGAAAAGUCCUUCACGUGUAGUGGAUGCUCAAUAGUAUUUGUUGACUAAGUGGUGUCAACCUUUGCAUUCAGUAAGAGGUAAAAAUCCAACUUUGGGCCGGCACCGCGGCUUACUAGGCUAAUCCUCCGCCUUGCGGUGCUGGCACACCGGGUUCUAGUCCUGGUCGGGGCGCCGGAUUCUGUCCCGGUUGCCCCUCUUCCAGGCCAGCUCUCUGCUGUGGCCCGGGAGUGCAGUGGAGGAUGGCCCAAGUGCUUGGGCCCUGCACCCCAUGGGAGACCAGGAGAAGCACCUGGCUCCUGCCAUCGGAUCAGCACGGUGCGCCGGCCGCAGCGCGCCAGCCGCGGCGGCCAUUGGAGGGUGAACCAACGGCAAAAGGAAGACCUUUCUCUCUGUCUCUCUCUCUCUCACUGUCAACUCUGCCUGUCAAAAAUAAAUAAAUAAAUAAAAAAUCCAACUUUGUAUCCUUUAACGUGCGUUAUUGAGCUAGCUUCCCUAUUUCAAUAUGUUAAUAAUUCAACUUGCCCUUUUAUGUUCCUCCUUUAUAAUACAUGACAAUGGUUCUAGAACUCUCCCUUUCUAAUGCAUUAUUGUCUUUUUUCUUAAUAACUUACAUCAUUAUCUGUGGGUAAGACAAGAGCCUUCUCUUAUUUUUUGAAGCUGUCUUAGCUAUUCAUGGACCUUGACUUGGCUGUACUUGGUUUAGAAUAAAUAUGUUAAGUUGCUCAAAGCCUCUUGCUGAAAUUUGGAAUGAACUUGCCAUGAAUUUGUAGGGUGACUAGAAAACAACUGACAGUCUUGUGAUUUCCCCCACGAAUAAGCACGCUGCAGCGUGUUUUUUUUUUUCUCUUUCAUUUGUAAAGUUUCACCAUAGGAGUCUUGUAUAUUCUGGUUGACUAAUUUUUAAUUAUUUCUGGUUGUUACAAAUUAUAUCAUACUUUAUUACAGUUCUAAUAGGCUACAAUGGUAGCAAAAUUCUUGCUGUGUUCCUGGAUCCACUGGUUUACUGUUGGUUCUAUUGUAUUUUCUAUGUAAAUUUUUUGCUAGCUAUACAUGAUAACUCUUGUUGUCUUACAUUACAUAUGCUUAUUUAUUUUUCAUGCUUAUCUCAUUUGCCAGAGCCUCCAUAUACAUUAAAUAGUAAUUUUGAUAGUGAUCAUUGUUGUAUUGUUUUCAGUGUUAUAAAAAUACUUUGAACUUUUAUCCAUUGUAAGCAUGUUUGUUUUAGGUUUUUAGUAGAUAGCCUUUAUCAAGGUUAUUUUAGAAUUUUUAUCAGCAAUGUUUUGAAAUUUACUGUGAAUUUUUUCUGCAUCUACUGAGAUAGUUGUAUUCCUGUUACAGUCACUCCAUCAUAAAGUUAAAUUACAUGAAUAAAAUAACUGAUGUACCAUUGCUUAAGUGGAUCAUAUUGUAUAAUUUUAAUAAACUGUUGUAUUUAGUAAGUUAAUAUUUCAUUUGAAACUUUUGCAACAAAACUCAUAAAUGAAUUUCCUUCAUCUUGAUUAUACUAAUCAUAUAAAGUCAAUUAAGAUCUUUCUCCUUUUUAUAUUUUCUUCAACAACUUUAUCAGGUCAGAAUUAUCUGCUCCUUGAAAUUUUUUUUAAGAUUUAUCUAUUUGUUUGAAAGUCAGAGUUACACACAGAGAGAGAGAGAGAUCUUCCAUCCACUGGUUCACUCCUCAGAUGACUGCAAUGGCUGGGAUUGGGCCAGGCCAAAGCCAAGAACCAGGAGCCAGGAGCCUCUUCCAGGUCUCCCACAUGGGUAGCAGUGGCCCAAGCAUUUGGGCUAUCUUCCACUGCUUUUCCCAGGUCAUUAGCAGGGAGCUGGAUCAGAAGUGGAGCAGCCGGGGCACAAACCAGCACCCAUGUGGGAUGCCAACAUUGUGGCAGUGGCUUUACCUGCUAUGCUACAAUGCCAGCCCUCUUUUAAACAUUUUAGCACUUUCUUGCAGAGCUGAGUUUGCAGCUCUGGUGAUGGUGGUGGUGGAGGAGUCUCCUAUUACUUUUUAAACAUCUUCAAAACUUAGGCUGGCGCCGCGGCUCACUAGGCUAAUCCUCCGCCUUGCGGCGCCGGCACACCGGGUUCUAGUCCCGGUCGGGGCGCCGGAUUCUGUCCCGGUUGCCCCUCUUCCAGGCCAGCUCUCUGCUGUGGCCCGGGAGUGCAGUGGAGGAUGGCCCAAGUGCUUUGGCUCUGCACCCCAUGGGAGACCAGGAGAAGUACCUGGCUCCUGCCAUCGGAUCAGCGCGGUGUGCCGGCCACGGCGGCCAUUGGAGGGUGAACCAACGGCAAAAGGAAGACCUUUCUCUCUGUCUCUCUCUCUCACUG